CUCGGCGCGGUCCAGUCACCUCCCGCGGUCCCCUCGUUCCCUCUCGGGUCCCCAAGAAAUUAACCCUCGAAUCGAACCCACGUCCUCCCAUCCGUCCUUCGUCCCGAUCGCCAGAAACGCUUCCCGUCCUCGCCGGUGAACACUCCCGACGGACGAUCCGUGCCCUCCGGUCCGAUCUCCGGAGGAUCGAGGGUGGAGAUGGAAGAACCCAGCGCCCGAUCAAAGAACCCUAGAAGAGCUCGUCUCUCCCGCCGUGACCUCAACUCUAAGGACCUGGCGGGGGAUGGUGCCGUGGGUGGAGUUGGUCAAGCUGAAGGACUGGAAAAUGAUGAAUCGGAUGGGGAUAGCGCCACCGAGGGAGGCUACGAUGGAGUCCCAGAGGUGGGCAUGGUGUUUAAAACCCAUCAAGAAGUCUCUAAGUUCUACAAGAGAUAUGCUCGCCGGGUGGGAUUCGGAGUCUCGGUGAGAAGAUCUUCUUUCACCAAGGAAGGUCAAUGUCUGUAUCUAGAACUGAUGUGCUGCAAAGGUGGCCGGAAACGGCCGGAGCCGAAGUAUAGGAAGAGGACUUCAGCAACCACAAACUGCCCGGCGAAGAUCAGGGUGAAGUUAUGGGGUGAUGGGUUGCUGCAUUUGGAGCUAGCCAACCUUGAUCAUAACCACCCGGUUAGCCCUUCGAUGGCCCGAUUCUUGAGCUGCUAUAAACAGCUUGAGGCGGCCAAGAAACGUGGCUCCGAACAUGUGAAUGGUGAUGGUGCGCUGGUGCAGCCAGAGGAAUUAUCUCAAUUUCCUGUUGAUAGAUUACGUGCGCUUGAAGAGCUACUUUUUAGUGAAAGUGAGCAUAGGAGUUUUGUCGAACGAGGUAGGCUGAGGCUCGGGGAAGGAGAUGCCGAAGCUCUCCGCCUGUUCUUUACCCUAAUGCAAGCCAAGAACUCAGAUUUCUUUAACGUCAUUGAUCUAGAUGAGGAAGGCUGUGUGAGGAAUGUGUUCUGGGCCGAUGCCAGGUCAAGGGCGGCAUAUCAGUAUUAUAAUGAUGUUGUUGCUCUUGAUACAACCUAUGUGACGAAUAACUACGAUUUGCCUCUUGCAACUUUUGUGGGGGUGAACCAUCAUGGUCAGCCAGUGUUAUUGGGCUGCAGUUUGCUCUCGGAUGAGACCACGGAGACCUAUGUAUGGUUGCUUAAGGCAUGGAUAGCAUGUAUGUCAGGGCAUAUUCCCAAGGCCCUGAUCAGUGACCAUUGUAAGGGCAUUCAGAGUGCGGUGUCGGAGGUGCUCCCGGGAAUUCGCCAUCGCCUAUGCUCAUGGCAGAUAAUUAAAAAGGUCCCAGAAAAACUAGGGGGUUUCGCAGAGUAUAGAGCGAUCAGCAAAGCGAUGCAGAAGGCUGUGUAUGACUCCUUGACAGUUGAUGAAUUUGAGGAAGAUUGGAGGAGGAUGAUUGAGAUAUAUGGACUCCAAGAGAAUGAGUGGCAGAAAUCACUAUACGAAUGUCGGCAUACUUGGGCCCCUGUUUAUCUUAAAGACACAUUUUGGGCAGGGAUGUCCCCUACCCAACGUAGCGAGACUAUGAAUACCUUUUUUGAUGGGUACAUAGAUGCAAAAACUUCUUUGAAGCAGUUUCUUUGUAAAUAUGAGAUGGCCUUACAGAGUAAGUAUGAAAAGGAAGCCCAAGCAGAUUUUGAGACAUUCCACAAAAGACGACCCUCAGUGUCGAAGUUUUACAUGGAAGAGCAGCUGUCCAAAGUGUACACUCUCAAUAUGUUUAAAAAGUUCCAGGAUGAGAUUGAGGCCAUAAUGUAUUGUCAUGCAUCACUAGUUAAGUCAGAUGGGCCAGUCUCUACCUUCAAUGUGAAGGAAUGUAUUUUUCUUGAUGAUGGUAAGAGGACAAUGAAUAGGAAUCAUGGAGUCCUAUACAACACAGAACAAAAGGAAGUUCAGUGCAUUUGUGGUUCCUUUCAAUUUAGAGGAAUUCUGUGUAGGCAUGCUUUAUCUGUCUUUAAGCUGCAACAAGUGCAUGAAAUUCCGUCCCAGUAUAUUCUUGAUCGAUGGAAAAAGGACUUCAAGCGGUUGCAUGUUAUAGCUCGUUCUUCAAAUGAUGUGGUUGCUAAUAACCGAGUGGAUCGUUAUGAUUAUUUAUCAAUGCGAUGCCUUCAACUGGUUGAAGUUGGAGUUUUGUCAGAUAAAUACCAACUUGCUUUGAAGUUGAUGAGGGAGAUGGAGAAGUUUCUUCUAAGUGAUAGCACACAUGAUGAUACACAACCUAAGAUUAAGCCUCAUGUUCCUAAAACAAAUAAACUGAAUCAGGAUAUCAAUCAAAGCGUAGGAAAGAUUGCAGCUCCAGAGACUGGAAAUGAAAUGCGGCGGCGUGGUCGGCCACCACAAACAAAACAGUCGCAGGCUUCUCUUGGAACAUCAAAGGAAGGAGUAAACCCACAGGUCUUUCCAACUGGUAGCCAGUUUGGUGUACCAAUGCAUCACCCACAGUAUAUUGGCCAUCAAGCAGCAAUGCGACCGAGCAUUGUUUAUAUGUUUCCGGGUGGGUUUGACCCACAGACAUUUGGAAAUGGACCAAUGAUGCCGUGGAUUUAUCAGCAAAUGUUCCAGGCAGCUCAGAAACCAAAGGAUUCUCUUGGUCCAAGAGCAGGACGACCAACAAGAAAACGGAAGAUAUAUCGUGGCCACAAGCCUGUGGAAGCAACUCAAGAACCCAAAGAACCUCCUGCCCCAGCAGCCCCAGCGACUGGUUAGCAGUGAAGGGCAUCAAAACGCAGAUACAUGGUCGUAGGUGGUGCAGAAGCCAUCGAAAGUCGUGUAAGAGGAAGAAAGUACCUUGCAAUAUUACAGAGGAACAUUGGGGUUUCGAUGUUAAAGCAUAGUCUAAAGGCCAUCUCCCAAUUCACAACCUUGACUCUGGGAGAUCUGAAGUCUAAUCUGCUGCCAGUGUGGCUCUUUUACAGGAAGCCUGACACUACAGCCUUUGGUGUUGGAUAUUUGACCAAGAUAUUUGACCAGAUAGGCCACAUUUUGCAAUUAGCCCCACAUGAGAGGCAGCAGAUGGUAACAUCUUCUUUGGAACAUCGUGACUUCUACUGAUCAGAGUUGAAAAUUUUCCCCAAGUUUUUAGGGUCAGAAGGAAUUUAUAGGCAAUUGCACACAUGGCUAAUAGCAUAGUACUUUUUCCCCCCCCCUUGAAAAGGGUGUGUCUGGUGUAUCUGUUUCAUCUUUCUCCUCCUAAAAUGUUAGUUUUGUGAUAAUGUAGUGGGAAUUGUUGCUAGGCCUGCAUAGUGCAGUUUACUGGUUGAACUAGAUCUCUGCUGUAAAUAAUUGGUUCAGCCAUUCAACAAUUCGAUCAUGUUGAUAUGCAAAUGCUGUUUAACAUCAAAUUGGUACUUAAUUAUGCUUUCUUCUCCUUUGUAGUUUAA